UGGAGACUGACAGUGACGCCAUUUUCAGAUGUCAUAUGGUGAUUCGAGGAAUUGCCGCAGUUCUCGAUAAAUCUUCGGACUGAGUUGUAAAUCAAAACCCGUGAAAACCGUAAAGCCAUCAUCACCCUUGGACCGCCCAGAGCACCACCACCGGGCCAGGAUGGCCACCUGGGACGGCUCCUACCAGGGUGGGUCCCACGAGGACCCAAAUAACUACUUCGUGCAUCCGCAGACAACCCAAACCCAUUACUACAACCACAAUCCAACCCCAUUUCCCCAAACAAACGGCUAUCCCCCCUUUUUCGAAAACACCCGUCAACCCCCAGAACGUUCUCAAAAUCCUUCGAAUUCCCUAGUAUCUCAAUCAACCCUCCACGCGGGUGCUGAUGAGUUCGUACCCUCUGGUCCAGCCCCUGAGCCCUCAAAGAUUUUUUUUCCCGACAACAGAAAUCGAAAUCGAUCGAAACGAAAUAAUCAGUACCCACGACAGCAAGACGAUUACCCCAGGAGCUACAACCGAGUGGAAAAAAACCGACGGCAGAACUCCACAUUCUAUUCGAAUACCGAUUACCAGGAUCAGAACUACCAGAACUACCCCUCAAAUCCUGAGGACGAGUUGACAAACAACUCUCAGGGGAAAGAGCCCCCGAGAGGUGCUUACAACAGCAGAAGACCUAGGAGUCACGGGAGAUUCACAAGCGAUCGGUAUCAGCAAUUCAAUCAGCAAUUUAAUCAACAGUUCCCGCAACCCGAUCAGCCCACCCGAGGGCCCGCGGAGAAUGACAAUCAAAAGACCUCUAAGGCUAGACAGAAGUACAAGGAAUACAGCGAGGACCCCAGGGAUGAGAGCUAUCGUCGACCCCAGGGAAACGAUACCGAUGAUACGUCUGCACCCAGAGCAGCCAGGCGCCGACACAAAAAUGAUUAUUACGAGGACAAGCCAUCAUCCAGGAAGGAUAAACGAAAGAACUAUCAGGAGUUCAAUGGAUACAGGAGCUAUCCCGAGAAGAAAGAGGAGAGGAAGAAUCCAGAGGGGGAGGACAAGAACUGGAGGAAGAGUCACGUAUCGAGUGUCAAGAGGAACGCCAAGAGGAGUGAAUUGGAUGAUGCCAAGAGCCAGAAGGAGAGGCUGACAGAUCAACUCAACAGGGGACAACUGGAGUGUCUCGUCUGUUGUGAUUAUAUCAGGCAGAAUGACGGUAUCUGGGCAUGCAGUAAUUGCUAUCAUGUUUUGCAUCUCAAGUGCAUCAAGAAGUGGGCGGAAUCCUCUCAGAGUGAGAGCGGCUGGCGAUGUCCCGCUUGUCAGAAUAUGAAUUUAAUUUCACCUGUGGAUUAUUACUGCUUCUGUGGAAAAACGAGGGAUCCUGAGUGGAACAGGAGAGAUGUGGCUCACUCCUGUGGAGAGGUCUGUGGAAGAGUCAGAGCGAAGAAUGGAUGUGUGCACAAGUGCACGUUGCUGUGUCAUCCUGGGAGCUGUCCCUCGUGCACUGCCACGGUGACGAGGUGCUGCGGAUGUGGGAGAACCUCCCAGAGUCUCAAAUGCAGCUCUGAUGUUCUGGUGACUUGUGAGGAGAUCUGUGGAAAAUUUCUCAAUUGCGGUGUGCAUCAGUGCGAAAGGAAGUGUCAUCAUGAGCCUUGUGGAGAUUGCCAGAGGAAGGUUCACCAGGUAUGCUACUGUGGUAAAGUGAAGAGAGAGGUCGAGUGUGUCAAGGGUACACCAGGUGUUUUUUGCUGUGAGGAGAGCUGUGGAAAGAUGCUGGAGUGUGGUAAUCAUCAGUGCAAGGAGAAGUGUCAUCCUGAUGCCUGCGGUCCCUGUCCCUUGAAGCCUGAUCUUGUCACUCACUGCUGCUGCGGUCAAACACCCUUGACAGCACCACGCACCUCCUGCCUCUCACCAGUGCCAACAUGUUCAAAAAUCUGCUCCAAACCCCUUCGCUGUGGACAGCCAAGUAAUCCCCAUAUAUGCACCUCUCCGUGUCAUCCUGACACCUGCCCCCCCUGUUCUCUCUCGACGUGGGUGAAAUGUCGGUGUGGCAAUAUGGACCGAGAGAUUCCCUGCAGCGAUUUAAAAACCAAAGCGGAUGACGCUCGUUGCGAGAAAAAAUGCACGAAGAAACGAUCGUGUGGUAAACACAAGUGCAAUCAGCACUGCUGCAUCGAUAUCGAGCACGUCUGUCCACUGCCGUGUUCCAAGACCCUGAGCUGUGGUCGUCACAAGUGUGAGCUCACCUGUCACAAGGGUAGAUGUCAUCCCUGUUACAGAAGUAGCUUUGAGGAACUCUUCUGCGAGUGUGGAACAGCAGUGGUUUAUCCUCCAGUGCCAUGCGGUACCAGAAGACCCACCUGCACACGUCCCUGUUCUAGACAGCAUCCUUGUGGUCACGAGGUGCUUCACAACUGCCACAGCGAGUCCAUCUGUCCACCCUGUACUGUAUUAACUCAAAAAUGGUGCUAUGGUAAACAUGAGCUGAGGAAAGCUGUUCCCUGUCAUUUGAAUGAGAUGUCAUGUGGACUGCCAUGUGGCAAGCCCAUAUCCUGUGGAAGGCACAAGUGCAUCACUCUGUGUCAUCCUGGGUCAUGUGAAAAAGGGGGACAAGUAUGUGUUCAGCCCUGCACAACGCCCAGAGAAAUGUGUGGUCAUCCAUGUGCUGCCAAUUGUCACGAGGGCAAGUGUCCUGAUACUCCUUGCAAGGAAAAUGUCAAGGUAACCUGCACCUGUGGACACAGAACAACUACUAGGGUUUGCGCUGAGAACUCCAAGGAGUAUCAAAGAAUUGCUAGUGGUAUUUUAGCGAGCAAAAUGGCUGACAUGCAGCUGGGACACUCGGUGGAUCUUGAAGAGGUCUUUGGACAGGGGGCUAAGAAGCAGAAUCAAUUGAAAACACUGCCUUGUAAUGACGAGUGUGCGUUGAUAGAGAGGAAUAGAAAAUUGGCGUUGGGACUGCAGAUUGUCAAUCCUGAUCUCAGUGGAAAACUCAUGCCCAGGUACAGCGAGCACAUGAAGGCAUGGGCCAAGAAGGAUCCACAUUUUUGUCAGAUAAUUCAUGAGAAACUCAGUGAGCUCGUACAGCUUGCCAAGACCAGCAAGCACAAGAGCAGGAGCUACUCGUUUGACAGCAUGAAUAGGGAUAAGAGGCAGUUUGUUCAUGAGAGUUGUGAACAUUUUGGGUGCAAGAGUCAGGCUUAUGAUCAAGAGCCUAAGAGAAAUGUUGUGGCUACUGCUGUUAAGGAUAAGUGCUGGUUACCAAGUUAUAGUCUAUUGGAGAUGGUUCAGAGGGAGAAUGGUCAGCGAAAAGUGCCAAGACCAAUGCUCAAUACUGCAAGGACCAACACUUUAACUUCUCGAACUUCAGAAGUUCUGCCAUCAACUGCCAAAAUGAGUCAGAAGCUUCAGCCAACAGUUUCCUCAUCGAAAUCUCCAGAGCCAGAGAUUGAUUACUUCGACUUUCCAAACUCAAGCCUAACGUGAAAUCUAUUUUCUCAAUUGGUACAACCCUGGCCAUCAGCGACAGAUGGCCCUUCAUAUAAUUUAUAAUAUUUUUGAUUUAUUAUCAAGAUUAAUGGGACUUAGGGGAUUGUUUUCUUAUGUAUGAUUCUGAAGGGAUGAUUAAUCGUCUCGGGGAUUUAUUUCAAUGGAACCUCAGUGAAUAAAAACACAGGAUUAUGAGAAUGAAA